AUGGCCGCGCCCGCCAUCCUGCUCAACUCCCAGCCCGCCGAGAUGCCCGACCCGGGCCUCUUCCCCGACACGCUCGUCGCCGCCGACGUCGCCGCCCAGCUGCCGCCGGGCUACCGCAUGCGCGCCCUGCGCCGCUCCGACUACGCCUCGGGCUUCCUCGACUGCCUGCGCGUGCUGACCACCGUCGGGGACAUCGCCGAGGCGGACUUCCAGCGGCAGUACGACGAGAUGCAGGCGCGCGAGGGCAGCUACUACGUCAUGGUCAUCGAGGACGCGGCGCGCAAGGAGAAUGCCGUCGUCGCCACCGGUGCCUUGAUUGUCGAGCGCAAGUUCAUCCACUCGCUAGGAAAGGUCGGCCACAUCGAAGACAUCGCCGUCGCGAAGGACCAGCAGGGCAAGAAGCUCGGGCUUCGCCUGAUCCAGGCGCUCGACUACGUGGCGGCCAGCGUCGGCUGCUACAAGACCAUCCUCGACUGCAGCGAGGCCAACGAGGGCUUCUACGUCAAGUGUGGCUUCCGCCGCGCCGGCCUCGAAAUGGCACACUACCACGAAGGUCCCAAGAGCAAAGGUCAUUAG